AUGGCGGCGUUGCCGCCACGGCUACGACGCAAGGCUCCCUCCGAGUCUAACCUCGGAAGCGCCGGAGGCGGCGGCGGGGGCGGCGGCGGCGGGGGCGGGGGCAGCGGGGUGAGCGGCAAGAAUUUGACGGUGAGCUCGACCACCGAGCUGGAGGAGAAGGGGAUCGCUGGCCGCGCCAGCUCGCGAGGCGUGGCGGGCAGCAAACGGGGGGCGCUGCUGCCCCGCCCGAGAUCUAUACCCGGCGGCGGUGGCGGCGGCGGCGGCGGCGGCGGCGGCGCGAUUCCCUCGCCGUCGGCGCCGCCGGGGAGUAGCGGCCAGCAGGGUGGCCGGCGUCAGCGGCACCGGUUGACGCGGUCGGGUUCGUUCGGCUGCAUGCUUAGCCGCGGCAAGCGGGCCUUGUUUUCCUCGGGGUCGGGGUCGUUCCCGCUGAUCUCUCCGUCCGUUUCCGCCGCAGGCGGCUGCGGCGGCGGCGGCGGCGACGAUGCCGCUUCCCGGGCUUCGGCGACCGGCCCGGCGGGGGAGGACGGCCCGGUCCAAGCAACCCCGCUGCUGUCUUCCUCUUCGGCAGGAGGGGGAGGCUGGGGCAACAACAACAGUAACAACGCCACCGUGAGCAGCAGCGGGGGGGACAGGAGGGGGCGGCGGCUUCGCAAGUGCCGGUCGCACGGCGUCACCGAGGCGUGCGACGUGAGCGGUGGUGGAGUUUCCGUCGCGAAGCAGGAACAGCAGCACGGUGGAACGGCAACGGCAGGCAGCUCACGCACCAGCAGCAGCAGCAGCAGCAACAACCGCAACAGCAACAACCGGCGGCCGAGGAGUAGGAGCAACAGCGACAACAACGCCAAGCGGGGCGGCGGCUUGCCGGGCGGUCUCAAUGAGGCGUUCAGCUCCCGUCCCCGCUUGGCGAAGGCCUUCCUGCCUGGAGCCGUCGGCUGGCCCGCGACGUUCUCGCUUGGCCGCAAGGGAACGAUGGCCCCUCCCGCCGACGAUGCCGUGUUAAACCCGCCGCCCCCCGGUUUGGCCUUUGCCGCAGACACCACCGCCGCCGCGUUCGUCCCUCCGCCGCCGCCGCAGCCGCCGCAGGCGGCGCCGGCGCCGGCGGGUUGCAGCGGCGGCAGCACUCCGACAGCAGCGGCGGUCGAUGGAAAGAGGAGCCCGACUGGCGGCGGUGCAGCGUGGAUCGGGCCCAUGCUCCGACGCCACCUUAGGCGCGGGAACCGAUCAGGAGGAUCGGGGGGCGGCGUUGUUGUGCCCGCGUCGGCGGAGAGGGCGGCUGAUGCCGCCGAUGCUGUCGUCGAACCCGCGGCUGGGGCUGCGGCUGCUGCUAGCGUUGAGGAAGACCUCACAGUGGUGCCGUCGGGUCUAAUGAGGCUCCCGCCCCCGCUCUCCCUCGAGAAGGCCAAGGAGUUGCAGCGGCGUUCCUCCUCCUCCGCUCUGGCGGAUGGCAGCAGCGGGUUGCUCGGUUUCGCCGACGAGGGGAGAUCUGUUAACAACGGCAACAACAGCAGUGUCGUCCCCGCUGUGGAAUCGUCGAGGAUGCCGACGGCGAUCGACGGCCCCACGGCCGCCGCGGCGAUGGCGGCCGGCUGGAAGUGCUCGGGCAAGCAAGGUGCGGCCUUUGCCGUCGUCGUGGCACCAGGAGAUGAAGAGGAUGAGGACCACCACCAGCGGCAGCAGCAGCAUCACAGACGGCCGCAUUCUAUCGACUGGACUGGGGCCCCGCAGGUGGUACCCGCCACUACCGCCCUCCCGGAUGUCGACGUGACCCCUUUGUGCACGCCGCUCAACGCCGUGCGGUGCGGGGCUGGGGCGACGGCGGCGGAGAUGCCGUGGCCAUCGGCGGCGGCGACCAGGAGGCUUCCCAGGGAGGAUCACCGGCAGGUGGGCCGUCGGGGGCAGGUGGGGACCGUAGUGGCCGAAGAAGAGGAGGAGGAGGAGGAGGACGGGAGCGAGGAAGAAAGCGGGAGCGGCGAGGACCGUGAAGUAUCGACAUCAGAGAAAGAGGAGGAGGCGGAGGACGGGCGUGCACCGGGGGAGGAAGGGCGAGACGUGCUCGAAGCACCGCCUUAUUCGCAACGGCAGCAGCAGGAAGUAGGGGUAAAGGACGCGGUUUUCUCGGCCGCCGCCGAAGUGUCGGCAUCUCUGUCUGAAGACGACGACGACGAUAGCGAAGGGGGAGAAGACAGCAGCAGCAGCAGCAGCAGCAGUAGCAGCAGCGGCUUCGCUUCUGCCAACGCGAGACCAUCAGUUGUCAGCGCUGCGGCUGCUGCCGCUGCCAGCGACGACGCCACUGCGACCGUCGUCGGCGAUUCAACGUAUCAAGUGGAGAGCCGAUCAGCAGCAGCAGCAGCUCGUUGUUGUUCUUCUUCUUCCGCUGACGUCAUCAUCAAAUUGCCCGAUGAGCCGAUUGCGGCGGGAGCUGCUCCGGUACGACUGCGAUCACUACAGAACGCGCGGCAGCCGCUGGAGCGGCGACCGGCCCCCGAACAAGAAAACUCCAAGAAGGAAGGGGGGUCCGCGGAAUCCAACGAUUCGCCGUCGCCCCCUCCCCCUGCUCCGGAGGAAGGCUCCCACGACGAGGCCAACAGCCGGGACUAUCGCAGAGGACGCUGUUUUCCGCCGGAGAGAGGAGUAGUCGUGAACACCGUGACCGCAGGCACCGAACGGGCCAAUGCAACCGACGGGACGGAGGAGAAGGAGGCGGCGGCGGCGGUGGGGGUUAGCAGCACCCUCGAGGCGCAGGAUGAGGAUGAGAAGGAUGAGGAGGAGGACCAGCUGGAGCACGCCGGGCAGGGGCAGCGACAAGAACGGCAGCGACGACCGCCGCCCGUCGGGGUCGGAGGAGAAGAGCUCGAGCUCCUCGACGCCAGGGAGGUGCUGGGCGCGGAGGGCUUCGACGUCGAGAACAGCCCCGUCUCCCUCGCGGGGCGUCUGGCGGUCCAGCAGCUGUCGGCGAGGAGCCUGGCACGGAGAAAGGAUUCUCUCUCGGGGACGGGGGGGCUCGCGGGAUGGGCCGCCGGCGGCGGCGGCGGGGGGGGCACGCCGGGGAACGCGUUCCGCUUAAACUCAGCCGGAGUAUCCAGUCGUCGAAGGAUUAGUGGGGACGGGAGGGUAGACGACGAGGACGGGUUCUCGACAGCAAGGGAAGCCACUAACGGCGGUGGGCGGAGUAGCAAGUUUUUCUGCCUUGAUCGGGGGUCUUCCUGGCGUUCGAUCGCCGAGAGCGUCGGUUCUUGUGGCGGCGGCGGCGGCGGCGGCGGCGGCGGUGGCGGCAUUGCUGCCGCGGUAGUUGCCGCUUACGCCGGGAGCGCCCCUAACAACGAUGCGGAUAGCUCUGCUGCUGCUGUUGCCGCCGGAGGUGGUAGUACCCAGCGGGCGAGGUUUUUCACCGCCGAGGACGGCGCGGAGAAGAAGCUUAUCGCCGAACAGAUCGAGGCCCUCCGCCGUGUUGGCGACGAUACCGCGGCGCAACUGCUACCGGUUCGCGCCGCCGCCCCAUCGCCUGCCUCCUCCUCUUCCGUAGCAACAGCCGCAAGAGGACCCACUUCGGCGACCGGUUCCAAAAACGCCUCCUUUGUGACUACCCUGUCGGGCGGAACGGGAGCGGCGACGAGAUCGUCGUCGACGUCUGCUGCUGCUGCUUCUUGUAACGGCGGCGGCGGGCAUGGCCGUGGUGACGCUCGCGGCGGGGGCGUGAGCCGCCGAAGGGGCGGCGGCGGCGGCGGCGGCGGCGGCAGCGGCGGGGGUGAUGACCGGGGGAGCGGGGGUAGUGGCGACGGUCGUGAUUGUGGUGGUGAUUUUUGCGGAUCAGGGGACGAGGAAGAAGAGGACGCCGGUGAAGACGAUGGCGAGGAGGAGGACGAGGAGAAAGAGAAAGCGAAGGCGGCGCCUGCGCCGCCGUCGGGGGUAGGGCUUGCGUCGGACUUCUUUGCUGAGGCGGUGCUGGAAGAGUUUACGGUUGAUGAUGGGGAGGGCGCGGCUGAGGCGGCGGCGACGCCGGCGGCGUUGGCGGCUGCUGGGGGUGGUUCUGCCAAGGCAAAAGCCGCAGCUCCUGACCCCCUCCCGAGAAGGAAAGAUAAGAGGAGGUCCUCCUGGGAAGCAUUCACUUUCUCCAAGGGCGUCUUCCAGCUGGCUAGCCCCGGCAGCGUCAACCUCGGCGGUGGCGCUUUGACGGGAAGUGGCGUGCCCGUCCCCCCUCCUCCCGGAAUUUGUUUGGUCGACCAGGCAAAGGAGCUGCAGGCCAGGAGGAAGUACGAGGUCAGCCUUAGCGAGAAGGCCCUCGCAAAGGAGAAGAGCCGGAGCGACAGCGGGGAGCAGCACGGCCGAGCAGUUCCCGAGGCAGCAUCGUCAAGCAUGGUGCUGAAGAACAACGGUCAGGCGGGAGGAGAGGUCGAGGAGGAGGAGGAGGAGGAGGAGGAGGAGGAGCGUAACAACGCUGGGGGGCAGGAAGAGCCGGACCGUUCUUCGGAACAAUCUUCGUUAGGUGCCGGUUCGGGACGAGCAGAAGGACGAUCUUCUUCUUCGCCUUCUGCUGCUGCUGCUGCUGCUGCUGCUGCUGCUGAUGUGCAGACCUCUAUUCCACAGCAGCAGGAGCAAGCGGCGGAGGCGGCAACCUCGGCGCCGGAGUUGACGCCGCUGACGUUCUUGGGCCCGGGAUUUCCGUCAUCAUCGGCGGCGGCCGCUGCCGCUGCCACUACCAACCCGGCGUCGUUCUCCUUCUCCGCCACCUCCUCGGCUUCCUCCGGCUCCCGUUCUCCGUUCGGCAGCGGCGGCGCGGGCUCCGCGUUUCCGGUUGCUGCCCCGACCCCCCCAGCUCUCGUCGCGCCUCGGCAUGGGUCCGCGUUUGCCGUCCCCGUGAAAAACGCUUGUCCUUCGCAGGCGGCGGCGGCGUCUUCUUCGACGGUGGCCCUCGAAGGCGGCAAGAGCGAUAAAAUCACCAACGGCGGCGUCCCGUCCAGAGCAGCAGGGACGACGGCGAAGACCGUAGCGGCGGCGCUGCGGCGACGGCGGCUGGCCGCGGCCGCCGCCGCUAGUUCUUCCUCCUCCACCUCCUCGUCAACUGCGAUCGCCAGGCCGAGGGGCACGGUAGACGAUCCCUCGCAGGUGACCACCGCCGCGGUGAUGAUGAGCGAGGCUUCAUCCCGUCCGCGUGCCCCCCCGCCGCCACCGCCGGCGCAGUCGCCGCAGGCGCUGGCCCCGGCGCCGUUCGCCCCGCUCGGCAAGAAGCAGAAGGCGGCGGCCGCCUCCGACACGGCGAGGACGGGUGCUGCUGGUGUGGCGGCAGGAGGAGGAAGAGGGAAGCUGCUGCUGCCGCCGCCGCCGCUGGUUCGUUGUGGCGGGGAAGAGGAAGGAGCACCUGCUGCUUCGGAUGGGAGGCAGCAGGCCGGGCCGUCGUCGUCGUCUUCGUCUUCUUCCCACAAGCAGCAGCAGCAGCAGCAGCAGCAGCAGCAAGUUCUUCCCCCGCGGCUGCUAGGCCCGGCGGCGCGGCGGCGAAGCGUGGUCUCCGUGAGCCCGAACACCAGCAGCGGCGGGAGCGAGGUCGGGGACGACUCCUUCCACAGCGCGGCGAGCAAAUUGAGCAGCAUCAGCAGCAGCAGUGCCGCCAACGGCGGUUGCGCAGCUUCCUCUUCGGGGGAGUCCGAGCUUGUCUUGAACGGUACCGGCGGCACUGGCGGUACCGGCGGCGACGGCGCGGCCUUGCGGGUCGCCUACCGCCCCCGCGGGGGGAUUGCGUUCGGGGAUAAGCCGUGGCGCGACGCCUCCCCGGCGCAACCGGCGCUGGCGGCACCUGGAAACCAUUCCAAGGAAGGCAACAAGGCCGGAGCCGGCAGCGGCGGCGAGGUCGCCGGCGAUCAUGCGGCGGCGAAGAUGGCGGGGCUGAGGCGAGCCGGAGGAGGGGGCGCCGCGGAUGGGUUUUGGCGCUGGGGAGGGAGGGCGGCGAAGACUGCGCGGGAGGAGGGCGGAGGCGGGGGCGGUGGUCCCGAGAGCGAGCAGGGGUUGGUGGUGAGUAGAGGCGUUUCCGUAACGGCCGACGUGCACGUUCCUUUUGCGACGGUGGCGGUGACGAGGGGGGGGAAGCUUUGCGGGAGGAUCGUCGCCAAGGAGUUCCUGCUCGAAGACGGUGGCCGCGUGGAGGGUGAGGUGGAGUGCCACUUUGCCGUGAUCGAAGGGUCCCUCGAGGCGUCGCUCGUAUCGAAGGAGAUGGCUACGGUAGGCCCUUCGGCCAGCAUCAACGGGGACGUGAUCUACAACGUGCUCGAGCUAGACCGGGGGGCCAUCAUCACGGGCAGGCUCUUCUCCAUCAGGCCGUCAACAGCAGACGCUUCCUCCUCGUCUUGUCCGGUGCCGUGGGGAGGGCUGGUAUCACGCCCCUGGCAGCAGGAGGAAGAAGCCAAACAGCUCCGGCUAGAGAGAGAGCUAAGGCUCGCCAUGGCGGAAGAUGGCGCGGGACCCGGUGCUGUCGGCGGCGGCAGCGUCAGGGGUGAUGACCGUUCCAUCCCCAAGGACACAGCCGCCAAUGAGGACGGUUACGAGCCCGUCAUCAUGAACUCCGAGUGGGCCUCCACACGCGGCUCCCCGGUUGACCCCAAUCUCCUAACUCAAUCGGCAAAUCGUACCCCUGCCCCUGUCGGUGGAGAGCAAUCCAGCAGCAGCCGCGGAGGAACCGCAGCAGCAGCAGCACAGCAAGGUUCUCGUGCCGGUUCGGGUGCCGGUUCGGGUGCCGGUCCGGGUGACCGGAACCCGCCGACGGCCAGGCAGCCGGAAGUCGCGCCGGAAGAGGCAGUCGUGGAAGAGACCGCGGCGGCGGCGGCGGCGGCGGCUACUGCGGAGGCUGCUCUUAAGAGCACGGGCCUCGGCCUGCUCGGCGGGGUCCUGUGGGAGACCGUUCUCGACGGCGUGGCUUGGGCCAACAAGCGGAUCUCAGCAUCGGAAGACGCUAGCCCCGACAGCGGCGGGACAUGGCCGCCCGGCAGCAACAAUACAGCCGGAAGCAGCGGCAGCGGCGGCGGCGGCGGCGGCGGUGGACGUGAAGCGAACGGAGGGGCGGGUUUUUCGUAUAAGGCAAACAUGUUGGAUAAGGCUUACACUCGGGGAAGUUGGGUCAGGGAAUAGGGUCUGCGUCCCCUCUCUCUAUUCUAUUUACCGUAAAUGACACAAGGUCUGGAUUCGAGCAGCCGAGCGCCGAGCACAGAUCUCGUGAGCAGCCAAUGACCGCAGCGGGUCGGCAAUCAAUGAGCGCAGCUGGUCGGACCUCGUGAGCCAAUGACCGCAGCGGGUCGGCAAUCAAUGCGCGCAGCUGGUCGGACCUAGCGAACCAAUGACCGCAGCGGAUCGGACUUAAGUGAAUGAACCAAAGGCCGCAGUGGGUCGCAGUUCGCGAGCCAAUCAGCGUGCACAGCUGGUCGUCGGAUCUCGGGAAAUCAAGUACCGGUCGUUGGUACGGGCUGGCGCAAGUUUUGUGAGGCGCUGGACAUCUCGACUGGGAUGUUGCGCGAGAUCACGUCCAGUCUUGUUGGGUCGGGUUUUGUUUUCUGAGGAAAUUUCCUGGAAUUUUCGGCGAACCACGGUGUUGGUGAAAUGUUUGAUGGACGGGGGUACGAAAAGGGUCGUGUUUGUCUCUCGUUGUGUGGCGUUUUGUGUGUGUGUUUUCUUAGUGUGGUUCGUAACGCAGCAGCAGCAGCAGCAGCAGCAGCAGCAGCAGUAGCAGCAGUGUGUCCGUGUGUGUGAUUCCCAACGGAAUUGAAGGAAUCAAUCUGACCUGUGCGUCAGAUACGGGGGGGGGAGGGGGGGCAAGAGUGUGUGCCGUGCCGCACCAACAGCAAAGAGACGAAACAGAUUAGCUGUGUCCCCGUCUUGCGUGUCUUGUGCUCGCGCGUUCUUUCAGUUUGGUUUGUCGUAUGAAUUGGCCUGCUCACGCAGGGCUGCCUCCAUUCCGAGGUCCCGUUUUCCUUUGGGCGUAGGGUGCGUGGUUGGUUACGGUGAGCGAACCAAGUGUUCUCCAAGUCAAACGGCACAAGACUU